AUGAAUUGUUUGUAAUAUAUAAAAAAAUGCUAUGAAAAUCUUAAACAAAAAAGGGAAGGACAAGAAGAAUCUUAUAGACUAUCUACAUAGGAAUCAGAAGGAAGGAAAAAGAAAAUAUUAGUUCUUGAUUUGGAUGAAACUUUAGUACAUUGUGAAUUUAAAGAAAAUCAAAAUUUCAAUUACGAAACUAUUUUGGAUGUUUGGCAUAGAGGAGUGCUAUACAAUGUUUACUUAUGUAGAAGACCAUAUUUAAGAGAAUUUCUUAAGUAAAUGAGUGUGUACUACGAGAUCAUCAUAUUUACUGCUGGCUAUGAAUCAUAUUGUGAUAAAGUUUUACAAUAUAUAGAUGUAGAUAAACACAUAAGUGAUUAUUAUGCUAGAUCUAAUUGUAUAUUUGUAAAUGGAAAUUGUUUAAAAGAUCUUGCAAUAUUAGAUCGUCCAUUAGAUUAGUUAAUUUUUAUAGAUGUAUAAUAUUUAUAGCAUUAAUAGAAUAAUCCAAAUGCUUUUGAAUUAUAACCUGAUAAUGGAUUAUUGAUUCCUUCAUUUCUGGAUUCAGAUGAGGAUGAAUGUCUACUUAGAUUAAUACCAUUUUUAAAAUUCAUGGCUAAUAAAUCUUGUGUGAAACCAGUUAAUUAGUGUUUGAAAGAUUAUGAAACUAUUCAUGGUUCAUUGUUUAGUGAUUCUCAGAUUACUUUGUAAUGUCAUAUGGAUGGAGAGGAAGGUAGUCUAAAUGAGGAAAGCUGUAUAAUAAUUGAUGAAGUUCCUUAACAUCGAAAGACUUAAACCCUUAUGCAAAAUCAAUCAAAAGAAAAAAAAGUUUAAGAGGCUCGCAGUUAAUCUCUAUUCUCUGGUUGA